AUGGUUCUUCCUUUCCACUUCCUUCCAUCCUCUUGGAAUUAUUAUGAAAUAGCUUUCCCUUCAUUCGUGGCACGGCAUCACGACAGGCCCGCCAAUGAAAUGACAACGAACGGUGAAGGUACAGCUUGCAGUUCCAACGCUUAUCUUGAAUCUGACGUCUGGGGUGCUUAUCAUGGAGCCAGCGUCGCCAGAGCCAAUCGCUUGGUGGCCGCGUCGCCGGUCGCUGGGCUAGCCGCAUCCCUAGCGACAACGGACGGUGGCUCCGUCCAGUUCCUGCACGCUGGGAUCCUGGGGUCGAGCAGUGCAGCAGGCGGUAUUUUCACGUGUCUAUGGAGUCGCGAGAGAUGGCUGUUGAAGAUCGCAGGGCAAUCCGGACCAGGUUGUCCCACAAGAAACAGAGUACUUACUGUUACUGUUACUGUCCUUCCUUCUGCGCUGGCUCUCCGCCCACACAACAGCGAUCGGCGGUCCCGCCAAGAUCGGCCUGAAUAUCAGAUUGUGCUGCUACAGUGCAUACUCCGUACGAGUCUACUGCUGCCGCUCCAGCUCCUGCCUCGUCCGCCAUCGCAGCCGUCAACAACAACGCUUCCAACACUCUUUCCCGUUGCAGUUCGGGACCGGUGGGGGACGCACGGAUCCGGCAGGCCAGAAAAAAGUCAACGAAGGAAGGAGCGACCAACGGCCAUCGGCAACCGCGGCACCCCACCCGGGUGGCGCUUUCCUCGCUGGCGAGCUAUCAGAGAGUCAAACAACCACCCUCUGCGCUCGCGUGCGCACUUUCUGCUGCUGAAUUUCCAUGUUUCCCCCUCGUCACUCCACGGAACCGGCUGUGUACAUUCGCUGUCCUCUGCAGGGACGCCUUUCUCGUGCUGUAUAGAGGGUUUCGACCGCCUUGCCGGGGGGAGAUGCCGACUUUGCCCAACGACGAUAAAGGCCCCGACCCGGAGCGUCGAGAUGGUUCUGCAGUUUUAUUGCUACCCAUUGUCGUAUCCUACACAACUGUCUGCGUGCUUGUGUGUCCUCGUUGAUACAUUCCGGCUGACUGAAGCAGAAGGUGAUUCCACGGCCGUAGAGAAUGCCCCAUCUCACCCACACUCACAGGCCAGCAGUGGGGAUAAUCUAGCUCCCGUCAAGGAGUCUCGGAGCUCCAAGCAGUUUCGCGCCAGUGUCGGCAAAAGGAUUGCAGCACGCUCCCCCGUGCUGCAGCCUUCGCCAGUGCUGUCGCUUCGCAGCCAGAUCUCGGAUCUGAAGUUGGAUUCGCUGGCUGACGAGGACGACGAGUCUAGGUCGGAGCACACAUUGUUCGCUCAAGUCCUGGACUGGCUGCGCCAGGAGCAGGCCAAACGGAAACCCAAUGGGGCGGACACUUCCUCAACGGCUGCUCCCGAAGGCGAGGAUAGCAGCUCGAGGCAGUCUCAGGCCUCAGACGGGGUCAUGGCUCUUGACAAGCUGGAGAAAAUCCUUCUCCAAUAUGCCGCGACAAUGAAAGAUCCUUCUCAUGCUGGAUCCAAGCGUUCGAUUCGGCGCCGCCCAAGCCGUCACAAAGGGCUCCGGAGAGGCUCUGCUUCAGAUUCGGACCAUCUUGAUUACGAGCCCAUUGCUCCGAGCGUGGAUGCUGUCUUGGAUAAUUCCAAGACCCUUGGCUACUCGGGUGGUGCCGCGGGUGACGACGUUGGAGGGGAUCACGAACAGCAAAUCAAACGAGCCAAGGAAGAGCAUUGGCUCGUUUUCAAGUCUGAAAUCCUUCGGUUAACUCAUACCUUGAGGCUCAAGGGAUGGCGUAGAGUGCCGAUGGAGUGCAGUAAAGAUAUGGACGUGACUCGCCUCAGCGGUGCCCUGACGAAUGCCGUUUACGUCGUCGUUCCUCCAAAGAAUAUCCCGCCUCCCAAGAAUCCGGAUGGCACACCUAAUCUGGCGCCCAGAAGACCUCCUCCCAAACUACUUCUUCGUAUUUACGGCCCUCAGGUGGAUCAUCUCAUCGAUCGAGACCACGAGCUGCAGACCCUGCGUCGGCUGGGAAAGAAGAACAUCGGCCCUCGCGUUCUUGGGACGUUCAAGAAUGGCCGGUUUGAGGAGUACUUCAACGCAAAUCCGCUGACGGCGCGAGAGCUACGGAUCCCCGAGACGUCCAAUCAGAUUGCAAAGCGCAUGAGGGAACUGCAUGACGGCAUCGAACUCCUCGAAGAGGAACGAAAUGCAGGCCCGUCUGUCUUCCGAAACUGGGACAAAUGGGUUGAGCGCUGUGAGCAGGUCAUCACCUGGCUCGACAAGGAGAUUAUGUCCAAGGAGAACGAACGCAAGAUGAAGUCAGAACCGUGGCGCAGGCGAGGCCUCGUAUGCGGAGUGCCGUGGCCUGUCUUUCGGAAGGCCUUUGAAAAGUACCGAAAGUGGCUUACGGAUUACUGUGGUGGUGCGCAGGAGAUCAACAAGCAGCUGGUCUUUGCGCAUAACGAUACUCAAUAUGGCAACCUCCUUCGACUUGAACCUGGCGAAGAGUCUCCAUUGCUUUUGCCGGCCAACGAGCACAAGCAGCUGGUUGUGAUCGAUUUCGAAUAUGCCUCAGCGAACACUCCGGGCAUGGAAUUCGCCAACCACUUUACGGAAUGGUGUUAUAAUUAUCAUGCCGAGAGGCCCUGGGCCUGCAAUACCCGCGCUUAUCCAACACCCGAAGAACAACACCGCUUCAUUUCGGCCUACGUGCAUCACCAUUCGCACCUUGGUGGUGUUUCGCCGGAAAUCUACCCGUCGUCAAUUAGCACCCCACGGCUGGCACCUUUCUCGCUGGACGCACCUGCCAUGAGCCUUCCGUCGGGAUCCUCGUCUGCCGAAGCCGAGAGGCUCCAGGAGGAGGCUGCAGAAGCCGAAGUGCAGCACCUCAUGCGGCAGACGAGAUUGUGGCGGGUGGCCAACUCGGCGCACGGCAGCGGCCAAAAAAGCGCCGAAUCCGAUACUGCGGCGUCGACAGAGCCGACAGAGCCAUCGACGACAGAGCGUCCUGCUUCACCGGCUGCCCCGGAAGAAGCAGAGGUCACCGAAGUGGACGACAACGAAUUCGACUAUCUCGCCUUUGCCCAGGACCGUGCCUUGUUCUUCUGGGCCGAUCUGCUGUCUCUGGGACUGAUCCGAGAAGAUGAGCUGCCGGCAGAGUUGCGGGAGCCGAUCAAGGCGCGGAUCGUCAACUACUAA